AUGGAGGAACAUAUUCAAUUCUCGGAGCAAAACCUCGUGCAUGAGGAAGAAAUUGGACACGGAGCAUUCGGAACUACUUUUAUUGCUGAAAACAUUUCUAAUAACAUGAAAGUGGCAGUCAAGCGAAUGAGUAAUCAGAGAAAGGAGAUUCAAAAGUAUGCAACGAUAACGGAGAAUCGUAUUAACACACUUUCGAACAACAAGAAUAUUGCGCCAUUGUUUGGAUAUUACCAAGAAGACGAUUUCUUCCACAUCGUGAUGCGUUAUUAUGCGAACGGCUCAUUGGCAAACUUUUUGGACAAAGUAGGAUCCAUCGACAGGAUUGAGAGUGCCAGAAUUUCUUCCGAAAUUCUGAACGGUCUAGUGUAUCUUCACAUGAAGAAGGUAGUUCAUGGUAAUCUGAAACCGAGGAACAUCCUCAUUGGAGAAAAUGGUGAGAGGAGACUCACAGAUAUCGCAAUGGAGGAGUUCCAAAAAAGAGUUAAAGGAAAAUCCCAUACGCUGAAUUAUAUGGCCCCAGAACUCAUCAAAGCACGGAAAGUGACUUAUGCAGUCGAUAUUUGGUCUUUUGGAUGCAUUGUUUACGAGCUACUAUCCGGAGACUUGUCAUUUGACCACGAGGAUGAUGAAAGUCUCAAAAAAAUGAUUUGUGCUGGUGCCUAUAAGAUGCACGGAAAAGUACCAACUUCGGCGGCUACCAUCAUUUCCGAAUGCCUCCAGAAACAAGCAUCAAAACGUCCGUCUUCUCAAGACUUACUCUUCCAUAAAUGGAUUUCUGAGUCAGCUGAAAAAUCAGAGAAAAAUAAAAAGAUCGAGGCAAUCAAUCAGGCGCUGGGCAAAAUCACAAUCAAGACUGAGGAGAUUACGAAUCGUAACAUCGCGGACAUGCCAUUGGUCAGGAAUAACAAGCCAGAAAUCCUUCGUCGAUCGGAAAACUCAAAUGCAGCCGACAGAAAAUCGACGAUGAGGUUGCGGAACAAGCCACGCAUUGACUACAAACAAUAA